AUGAAGCUGCCGCUAGCAGUAGUUCUGCUAGUCGCGUCUCGGACGUGCUUAGCAGCUCGCCUCGACAAUACAUAUCUGCCACCAGGCAGUGCAGGAUCUGCCGGCGGUAGUGGCCUGCAGGCACCCAAUAAAUUCGGGGGAGGCUUCGGAGGAAACGCCGGUGGCUUUGGCAGCAGGCCCGGAGGAGGCUUCGGCGGAGGAGGAUCUUCGGGAGGCUUCGGUGGAGGUGCCGCUGGAUUUGGAGCUCGACCCGCUGGCGGUGGUUUCAGCGGAGGUGGCGGAGGCUUCGGCGGAUCAUCCGGCGGCGGCGGCGGUGGCUACAGCGGCGGUGGCGGAGGAGGUGGCAGUUUCGGUGGCUCUAGCGGACCCAGUGGACCACCCAUACCGAUCGUCUCGUUCGACGCUCAGAACGGCGGUGACGGAAACUACAGAUACAGUUACGAGACCGGCAAUGGAAUCCAAGUUCAAGAGCAAGGACAAUCGAGAGGCAACGCCGAGGCCGUGAGCGGAUCGUACAGUUACACCGGCCCCGACGGACAGGUAUACACGAUCAAUUACACCGCCGACGAGACGGGCUUCCACGCGCAAGGCGCCCACAUACCCACCCCACCUCCGAUCCCACCGGAGAUUCAGCGCGGAAUCGAACUGUCGCUCGCUGCUGAGGCGCGUGGCGAGAACCAGGACGGCGCAUACAGAGGCGAGGGCGGCAGCGGAGGUAAGGAUCCGAUGCAACAGAUCGGCUAUGGUGGCUACCAAGGCGGUGGUGGUGGUGGCGGUGGCUAUCAAAGCUCCCAAUCUGGCGGUGGUUACCAGAGCUCACAGGGCGGCUACCGAUACUAA